AUGGUGGGCGCCGGCGAGGGGGGUCGCGCUGGCGGCAGCGGCGCCGGGGUAGGCGGAGGGCAGCCGUUCGUGGACCGGAGCAAGGUGAGGAUCCUCCUCUGCGACAGCGACCCCGACAGCUCACGGGAUGUGCUUCGCCUCCUCUGCAACUGCUCCUACCAAGUAACCUGCGCCAAGUCUCCACGGCAGGUGAUCAACAUGCUCAACUGCGAGGGCGCUGAGAUAGACAUCAUCCUGGCCGAGGUCGACCUGCCAGUCUCCAAGUGCUUCAAGAUGCUCAAGUACAUUGGCAGGAACAAGGAACUGCGCCACAUCCCCAUCAUCAUGAUGUCCAACAGAGACGAGGUUUCUGUUGUUGUCAAGUGCUUGCGGCUCGGGGCAGCAGAGUACCUGGUCAAGCCGCUUCGCAUGAAUGAGCUGUUGAAUCUCUGGACCCAUGUGUGGCGAAGGAGACGGAUGCUUGGUUUGGCCGAGAAAAACUUCUUCAUUGACAAUCUUGAGUUGGUGCUGUCGGAACCUAGUGAUGCCAAUACCAAUAGCACCACACUCCUUUCGGACGAGACAGAUGAUAAGCCGAAAGGAAAUAGAAAUCAUGAAACAAAUACCUCGAGUCAACAUGAAUACGAGUCUCCUGCUGUGGACCCCCCCAAAACAGACCAAUGGGAAAAUUUACCUAGCAUUGCGGAAGAUGAUGAUAAAGCAUUUCUCAGCCGGUUUCUAAAGCUUAUCUUUUUACCAGCAUCUCCAGGAGGAAUGUUUUCACGCCCAAUAAAGACUAAUUUGAGGAUAGCUGAGUCAUCUGCAUUUCUAGCAUAUGUUAAAUCAAGCACUCCAGCAAACAACCCAUUGGAUAAUGAACUACAGAGAGAGGGUAAUCAGAUAGAUGUUAUGGAUCACCAGGGUAAUUUCUCUGGUGCGACCGACAGAAUCGACACUAAUAGUAGUAUAAAUAUUCAGGAUGAAGAAGCUUUUGAGACGCCUAUGCAGUAUCCUUUGGUGUGCUUUUCUUCCUCUAACUUGCAUCUGGAGCAAAGGAAUGAGGGCCAACAAGAUGUUUCAGGAAACCCUCCUGUGUAUCAUUACCCAUUUUAUUAUCCAGGGAUGGUAGAGCAUGGCAUGGCACUUCAUUCAGUUCAAAGUUUCCAAGGAAACAUAAACACUGCUCAAGCUCAUACGCCACCAAGAAUGCUCCAUCAAUACAAUGUUUAUCACCAAUCCCAUGGUGCAUCGAUGCAAUCGUAUCAGUAUAGUCCUGCUGGUAUGAAUGUGCAUUCAAGUCAUUUGUCAACGCGGAAUGUGUGGUCGUCGGUAUCAAGCACACCAAUUCCCGAGGAAAGACAUAGUCGAUCUGGCAGGAGGGCUGCAGCACUUGCAAAAUUCAGGCAGAAAAGGAAGGACCGCUGUUUUGACAAGAAGGUGAGGUAUGUUAAUCGGAAGAAAGUUGCUGAAACAAGGCCGAGGGUGCGGGGUCAGUUUGUUAGGCAGGCAAGCAACACAGAUAUAAUUAGCACUGGUGAUGAUAUAUCUGAAUAUGAAGACGAUGAUCCAUCCUCCAGGGACGUUGAGUUGGUUUCUUCACCAGAAUAG